AUGGAUAACGUGCUCGGGGAGACACCGGUGACACGCACACUCGAUGCCGAGCGGGCAGAUCUGUCAAAAGCUCUGGGGCGCCCCGGGGCUGCCCCCGGGAGGGGGGGUCCGGGUCCGGGAGGGGGGGUCCGGGUCCGGGAGGGGGGGGUCCGGGUCCGGGAGGGGGGGUCCGGGUCCGGGAGGGGGGGGUCCCGGUCCGGGAGGGGACACACUGUUGCAACUCAUGAAGCGGUUCCUUCAGCGGCACUUCGUCGGCGUCUCCGUCACCGACUCCGAGGGCGUCCCGACCCUCUCCCGCACCCGCGCCGCCCCCUCCGAAAGGCACCGGUGGAGCCCGGAGGAGAGGAGCCCCCCCGGGAGCCAGACGCCUGUUCCCCAAGCCACUGCCUCUUCCUGGAGGAGAUUUUGGACGAGAGCGUGUGCCAGCGGUUGACCAAGCAAAUCGAGCAGUGCCUGGUCACGGCCAAGACGUCUCCUCUUCGCUGCCGGGAGCUGCUGAUCCCCCGGGGUCUGAGCCGCAGGGUGGCCCACGACGUGAUGCGGGUGUCGGCCAACGAGCCUUGCGGGCUCCGGGGGGCCGUGGUGUACCUGCACCUGGAGAGCGAGGGGGUGAGCGAGAAGCUGGGCGCGAUCGAGCGGGACGGGGCGGUGGUCCCCACCUUCGAGCUCACGCUGGUCUUCAAACAGGAAGGCAGGGGGUGGCCCCGUCUGCGGGAGCUGCUCUCCGUCGGGGGCUGCUUCGUCAGCCCCGGCUGGAGACGGGCGCUGAAACUCAGCCCGGGGUUCCGUCUGGUCAAAAGGAAACUCUAUUCCUCUGCGGGGCCCAUUGUGGAGGAAUGCUGACUGAACCGAGCCCGAGUCGACGACUGCUUUU